GUAGAGGCCGAGAUUCGCAACCCUCACACACGGCAUUUGGGACGCCGAAUCUUACGGCGUGACUGGGAUGCGUGGGAACCGACUUUGAUCUCAGAAUGCGCCUUCGCAGCAGCCAAUAUAUUCUCGUCCUUGAAAUUAAUUCACAUAUUCACUGUUAAUCCACAUCUUGGACCACUCAAAAUAUCACUUGGUCGCAUGGUUUUGGAUAUCGUGAAAUUUCUCCUCAUAUACUUUCUCGUGCUUUUCUCAUUUGCGUGUGGCCUUAAUCAGCUGAUGUGGUAUUACGCAGCAAUGCGCCAGCAGGAAUGUGAGAAGUAUCGAACACUAAGUGAUUUAUCCUCAGGAGAAGGUAUCCCGAUGAGUGAGCUGAUCCGCAUGGGAGAGUCAUGUGAUUCGAAAUACCGCUCCUGCGCAAGAUCGAAACUGGCUUGUUUGAAAUAA